GGGGCCGCGGCAGCCAUUGCAGUUCUUGAGGAUCGGUUCAAGCCAGACAUGGAGCUGGCGGAGGCCCAGGAGCUCCUGGCCGACGCCAUCACGGCCGGGGUACUGAGCGACCUGGGCUCGGGGAGCAACGUGGAUCUGUGCGUCAUCACCCGGGGGGGGGCCCAGACCCUGCGCCCCUUCCGCACCCCCAUCCCCCGCGGGCAGAGGCAGGGCCGGUACCGGUACCGGGCCGGGACCACGGCGGUGCUGAGCGAAGCCGUCGCCCCCCUGCGGCUCCAGCUGCUGGAUGAGACGGUGACCGGGAUGGACGUCGACUGAGCGCGGCUGGCGCGGGGGGGCCUGGAACCCCAAGAUAC